UUUCUCCUUCUUCCUGAAGAACAGUCAAAUUGACAAGUGGUGAAUUCUCCGUAUCGAGGAUUCGGUUGAAGAGCAAAAUGAAAUUAAAAGGCACGGUUAAACGGAAUCGUGGACCUUUUAGCGUUACCUCCAAAUCAAAGACUUCGCCGAUGAUUUCGAAUAUUCAUGUAGUUACAGAGAAUGUGCUGCUGCCGGUAACAAAGACGAUCUUCACGAAAUGCCAUAGUGAAACGAAUCGUUCGAAACGGCACGUGAAACUCGUCAAGCCGAGCCAAUCUAACGAUAACGUAAUCGGACCUUUGUUAAAAUCACCGUCUAAUAUACCAGGGAAGACGUAUGCGAGUACGCUGCUCCGGGUCGAACAGAGCAAGAGUGGAUGGAAUAGCAGAGAAAAGAAAUUCCUUACAAAUGAACGUUCCAAACCAAAGGAGAGUCAAAGGCAGCAACAGAGAACGGAAUUACCGUUUCCCUGUCCAAUUUCGAUUCAACCUGUAACAGUAACACGUACGGCUGUAUCACCGAACAGAAGUAUCAAGAAAUCUUCCAAAUUGAUGGAGCGAAAAGAAAGCCAGAAUCAGAGGAACGUAGAAACUUCAAAGAAAUCUUUGGAUCUGUUGGCUCUGUCGAACACAUCGACUACAAACACGACAGCGUCCAGCAAUAUUUUCUCCAGAUAUUCUUUGAUCUCUUAUUGCGAUUCCGCGUUAAUGAAGAUCGCUCUGAUCGAUCAAGUAAAGCAAACGUUGUCCAGUAACGUUAUCGAUCGGAUAAAAGAAUCGUCGCGAUGUUUGGUCGACUCGUCGACGUCGAACGGUUUCCUGGAGGCGAUGAAGCAUCAGGCAGCAGCGUUACAAUUGUCCAAGCACGUAAAAGAAUCGUCGCGAUGUUUGGUCGACUCGUCGACGUCCAACAGCAUCCUGGAGACGAUGAAGCAUCAGGCAGCAGCGUUACAAUUGUCCAAGCACAGUCCUCAAAAUUUGCGGAGAAAUACAGCGGAUCGUUCAACCUUCACCUUGCUCGUGGAAGAUCAAUCUCGAUGGCGUUGCGAGGAUACGUAUUCACCUAGAAAGGAACACCCCUGCAAGAUAAAGUAUUCGUGGCAAGUGGUCGGUAAAGGUUCGCAAACGUCGCGCACGCUUUUGGAAAGUAUAAUCAAAGCGAACAGCUUCGACGACGAAUCGAUCCACCAGUGCGCUAUCAAAUAUUCUUGGCAAAUCAUAGGGAUGUCUACGCAAACUUCUAAAAGGGAUUUUGCGAUUGCAGAAGGUCAUCCCAUCGCCUCGUUUUCACUCGCUAAAAUAAAACGGCCUCGUAGCAAUGUUAUGAAGUCAAGCGAGCCUGCGCAAACCGUUACAGUCUGGCGAAAUGGCAAAAGAUUCAUUUUAUUGAAUAAUCAGUGUACGCAAACGAUCGCCCAUAAGACGAAUCAAACUACUUUCCUUGAAAUUCACAAAAAAAGUUAUUGAAUGAUGAACGCAUUGAAAGAAAGAGAAGCAUUACACGUUUACCUUUGUUAUUCUUGCUUUAUUUAGUUUUUAUCGUGUCACAUUUCAGCUCAAACGACCAACUUAGUUUAAUCACACGAUUAAGUAGAAAAUACCUCUCCUGUUGCGCAUAAAUGAUCAUGAAAGAUCAAGAUGUUGUUUCAUUCACCUGUGCGCACGCGGUGUUUCAAAUAGUCGCACAAUGAAUGUUAAGGUGCAAAAUGUGCGAUUAGUGGCUGACAGUGCCAUAGAAAUCCUCGAGCGGAUGCUUUCGUCGAUCCUCGGUAAUGUUUCUACAGAAUUACGUAACAAACGUUAACGAGAAGAAUAAAAAUAAAGGGCUCUUCGCGAAUGGCAAACGUUA